UACAGUCAGGGCUUCGACUGGGCAGGGCCAGCUGCUAAUCUUGCCAAGCGGACACCGGGGCGGGAGGACACAGGCCUUAUAGGUGGCGCCGUGGAUGAGAAACACUUCGCUCAGGUGAAAGGGUGGCGGCCAAAGGGAGUUCCCACCUGUCGAAUUCUUAAAGACCUGAAGAUUUAAGAAAAUAGCAAGGAGGGGCCGAUCGGAGUCUUUGGACUCGCCUGGAGCCCCACCCUCGACCACAGGAAAAGCCCCUUGGGUGGAGGCCGGCACUUCAGAGAAAGCAAGAAGAAAGGCGCUCCCCACGCGCUCGCCGGACUCCACACCGCGGACCCAGCCUGCGCCCCGCGGGAGCCCUCUGCCCGGCGGGCGGCGUGCGGUGCGGCGGCGGCGACCUUCCUGUCCCGGCGCUCCCCAUGGCGGCGCCCGGACCCGCGCGCUCCCGGAGCGGAGCCCCCUGCCGGCUGCUGCUGCUGACCCUCACGAUCGUAACAUUUGCCUGUGAGGCCUGCAGACCAGUGAUACUGUAUGUUCCUUCCAAACUGGAAGCUGAGAAAUUCGUGGGUAGAGUCAACCUGGAAGAGUGCUUUAAAUCUGCAAAUCUGAUUCAUUCAAGUGACCCUGACUUCCAAAUUUUCGACGAUGGAUCAGUCUACACAACAAACACUGUUCUUUUAACCUCAGAGAAGAGAGAAUUUUUCAUAUUACUUUUUGACACAGAAAGCCAAGAAGAGAAGACGAUUUCUGUCUUUUUAGAGGUUCACACAAAGGUACAAGAGGAAAACCAUUCCAAGGAAAAACCUCUAAGACGUGCCAAGAGAAGAUGGGCUCCUAUUCCUUGUUCAAUAUUAGAGAAUUCUUUGGGUCCGUUCCCACUUUUCCUCCAACAGAUCCAAUCUGACACAGCCCAAAACUACACCAUAUACUAUUCCAUCAGUGGACCUGGAGUUGACAUAGAACCUCGAAAUUUAUUUUAUGUGGAGAGAGAUACUGGAAACCUGUACUGUACGGGCCCUGUAGAUCGUGAGCAGUAUGAGUCUUUUACGCUGAAUGCCUUUGCCACAACCCCAGAUGGGUACACACCGGAGGAGCCACUAAGUCUUUUAAUCAAAGUAGAGGAUGAAAACGACAACUACCCCAUCUUCACAGAGACAACAUUCAUUUUCACAGUUUCUGAAAACUGCAGAGUAGGCUCGACUGUGGGACAGGUUUGUGCCACUGACAAGGACGAGCCCGACACCAUGCACACGCGCCUGAAGUACUCGAUUGUUGAGCAGCUGCCUUCCCAACCUGUGCUUUUCACUAUGCAUCCGUCCACGGGCUUGAUCACCACGAAAUCGUCUCAGCUUGACAGAGAGGUGAUUGAUAAAUACCAGCUGAAAAUAAAAGUCCAAGACAUGAAUGGCCAACCUUUUGGUUUGCAGACAACUGCAACUUGUAUCAUAAAUAUUGGGGAUGUGAACGACAACUUACCAACAUUUAUCCGCACUUCUUAUGCGGCAUCAGUGGAAGAAAACACAGCUGAUGUGGAAAUCUUACGUGUUCCUGUUGAGGAUAAAGAUUUAGCUGGUACUGCUAAUUGGAGAGCUAAUUAUACCAUUUUAAAGGGCAAUGAAAAUGGGAAUUUUAAAAUUGUAACAGAUUCCAAAACCAAUGAAGGAGUUCUGUGUGUAGUCAAGCCACUGGAUUAUGAAGAAAGACAGCAGGUGAUCUUGGAAAUUGGGGUAACUAAUGAAGCUCCAUAUACCAGAGAGGCUACUUUGAAAUCAGCCAUUAGCAUAGCGACAGUUACUGUUACCGUCACAAAUCAGAACGAGGGUCCUGAGUGCAAACCUCCUACACAAACUGUUCGGAUUAGAGAAAAUGUUCCUGUGGGAACCCAGAGCGUUGGCUACAAAGCUUAUGACCCAGAAACAGGAAGGAACAGUGGCAUAAGGUACAGAAAAUUAAGUGAUCCAAAUGGAUGGGUCACCCUGAAUGAAAAUUCAGGGUCAAUCACAAUUUUCCGAAAUUUGGAUAGAGAGGCAGAGUCCAUCAACAGUGGUGUAUAUAAUAUUACAGUCCUUGCAUUUGAUAAAGAUGAAAGAAGUUGUACUGGAACUUUGGGGAUUAUACUGGAGGAUGUGAAUGACAAUGGCCCAUUCAUCCGGAAUCCUGUAGUGACUAUCUGUAAGCCCACCAUGUUCUCUGCGGAGAUUGUUGCUGUUGACCCGGAUGAACUCAUAAAUGGCCCACCAUUUGACUUUACUUUGGAGAGUUCUGAUUCAGAAAUACGGAGAAUUUGGAGACUGACAACAAUUAAUGACACAGCAGCACGUCUUUCUUACCAGAAUGACCCUCCUUUUGGAACAUACGUGAUGCCCAUCCGAGUGACAGACAGACUGGGCCUGUCUACGAUGAAUUCAUUGACAGUUCGGCUGUGUAAUUGCAUUACUGAAGCAGAAUGCGAUAUUCGCUCCAUUGAAAGGAUUGGUGGUAGCUCAGUAAAACUUGGAACAUGGGCCAUCCUCGCAAUAUUAUUGGGCAUAGCGCUGCUAUUUUGUGUCCUGUUUACCUUAGUGUGUGCCGCUACUAGGGCAGGCAGAGAAGUCAAAGCUCUUCCUGACGAUUUAACCCAGCAGAACUUGAUCAUAUCAAACACAGAAGCUCCUGGAGAUGACAAAGUGUAUUCCACAAAUGCCUUCACGACCCAGGCUGUGGGCGCGUCCAGUCAGGGGAUCUGCGGCGCCGUAGGCUCUGGAGUCAGAAGUGGUGGGCAGGAGACCAUAGAAAUGGUGAAAGGAGGACAGCAGACCUUGGUGGGAUCCGGUGCCGGGCACCACCACACCCUGCAUCCCUGCGGGGGAGGACGCAUGGAGAUGGAGAACUGCCGGUACACCUACUCCGAGUGGCACAAUUUCACCCAGCCGCGGCUCGGCGAAAAGGUGCAUCUGUGUGAUCAGGACGACAACCACAGGCAUGCUGCAGACUACAUCCUUCCGUAUAACUACGAGGGCAAAGGGUCGGCGGCUGGUUCCGUGGGGUGCUGCAGUGAUCGGCAGGAUGAAGAUGGACUUGAGUUCUUGGAUCAUUUAGAACCCAAAUUUAGGAGACUAGCAGAAGUGUGCAUGAAGAGAUGACCAUGUUCUAGUUAGUCGACAAAAGCCAGUGGCUUUCUCACCUGUUUUUUCGCCUUUUAAUUACAAACCAACAUUUAAAAACAAAAACCAGAAGACACUAUUUGGAGCUUUUCUCCUUUAUUUUUUGGAAUCUUCUUGACCAAAGAUGCAUUUACAGCGAGACCGUAUUCUUUGAGUAGAUCCACAGAUGGCAAAUUUAAAGCAAUUGGUGUUAUUGUUUACAUUUGGACAUAAUGACAGCAGCCAACUUACUGUGCAAUUAAAUUUAAUUAAUGGAAGUCUGUAUUUUGCUGACUACUUGAAGAACAACCUAAUCGAAGAUUGUAGAGGACAUUAGCUCCUAACUAGUUAAUUGUUCAUAUGGUGCUUGGAAACUGUGGUUUUCCUGAACAUUCUCGAGUGUACAUACUGCCUGCUUGCUAUUUUAUUCUUGUAACAUGGCCUUUCUUCAUAAAGCAAAGGGAGAUUUUUAACCAGGCAUUGACUGUUAUUACAAUUCCAUUUUAGUAGCAUUUAAUUUUAGGUUUUAUUCUAUGUAGAAUCCUGCACUGAAUGUACAUUUUCUGUUACCUACUUUGUUAGUGAAAUACAAAUCUCAAAAAUGCUUUCAAGGUGUAUUUUUACUCUAGCAAGUCUUUUGUCUUUGUAAUGAGAAAUCUGUCUGCGUCUUUAUCUUUUUCUCACUCUCUGUCUCUCUGUCUUUCUGUCUUUUUGUCUCUCUCUCUCUCAUACACACACACACACACACACAAAUACACAAAGUUUCUUUCUCUCCUGUGUCUCCUGUAUGUCUUUACCAUCUCUACUUGGGUUUGCGAAUCCAAAUAUUUUAAAACUCGUCUCAUUUUUUCUCCUAAAAAAUGAAUUAUUCCAUGUUUAAUAUAAACCUGUGCAUUCUUGGUGUUUUUCUAAAAAUCAGUGUAAUGUGGACUUGUUUUGAAUAUCUUGCUGAUUGCUUCCUUACCUUCCCAUCCUUUAAUUUUGCCAUUAAAACUAAAAAGCUGUCAUGAUUUUAUUCAGUGCAGCACUCUAUAUCAACAAAAGGAGUGGUGUAAUUAGAAUUAGGAUGUGAUAUUUAGUGUGUAACAACACAUUUCUAUUUCGUAUCUUUAGUGCAGUUUAUAAAUGGAAAAUAGUGAUAUUUUUUGAAAUAAGCUUUGAAAUACAGGGAUCUUGAAUGCUAUCUAGGAUAGCAUUUUUAUAACUUUUUAAGAUGAGAUUACUACUCAUUUCUAUAUAUUUGUAAAGUUAUUGUUUAAUGUUUUAUGAUUACCUUUUUUUAGAAGCAGUGUGAGCCAAGCUGUUUAAAUUUUAAAAUAUAAAGACAAAAGAAACUUAUUAGCCAACCAAAUCCAGGCCAGAUUUCUAGCAUAUUUCAGUCCAUGAAUUCUGUAUGUCUGCUAACUAUAUGGAUAUUCUAAAUGCAUUUUUAAUAUUUAUGAUUGUUAAUCAUGUAUCUGUCACAAAUUCAUAAGGUUGGCUUAUAGCAAUUACUGUUCAAAAGUACCAUUAGGUAAUUAUUUUAUAACCAAUUAUUUGAAUACUUAUCUUUUCAAUACUUUCAUUACUGCUCAGUCAAAUAUAAAGUCUUCCAGGUAUUUUUAAUAAAUUAUGUAUAAAAUUCUUCUCUAUUACUAAUUAUAUUAAAAUAAAGUUUUAGAAAUUAGUGUAUACUUUAAAAUCUUGGGGCUAAUAAAAGUUUAAGGAAUUGUACUUUUCUGAUAUGGAGAAAUGAAUCCCUUUUCCAGACUCCUAUUACAUAUGCUUUAGCAUUUAAAGUUUUAUUUGGAAAGAUCUUUGAUGUACUGCUCUCAAAUUAGUAAGAGUAAUAUGUAUAAAUUAUGUAUUCUAAAGAU